AUGGAGUCAUAUGACGGUUACGGGUCGCCCGGAAGAGGCCGCGAGGCGGAUUCCUUCUCGGGACGAGACCCCGUCGAAUCAUAUCGACGUCGAUCGCCGAUUCCCCAGGAUCGACGACGUGCUCGACCACGCUCUCGCUCCCCUGUGAUUGAUCGCUACGAGCCUUCGGACCGCCGGGCCCACCGAGAUGACCACUACAACAACUCCCGGGACCACGCCGCCCGCGAGCGCGAGGACCGCCGGAGGGCCCCCUCUCCCAAUGUCGCGAAUAUCGACCGUUACGUGCCCGGACAAGAUUUCGGCGAGCCCCCACGUCCUCACUUUAGCAAUCGCCUUCCCAACCCGCUCUCGCUCGAUUUCCAAGUUGGUUUCAAUUGGUUCGCCGAGUGGUGGAGAUCAGAGCAGAUCAUCAAUGAAGAAAAGGAGCGCGCCAGGAACGGUGGACGUCGCGUGAAGGGCGAACGUGAAGCGCGUGAAGAUCGCGAAAAUCAGCGCGCGCAAAUACAGGCCGCCUACGACACAUACAAGAUUGAUCUCCAGAUUCGAUUGGCUAGACUGUUUGUGCAACAACAUCGCCAUGAAGAAUGGUUUAAAGAGCGAUAUGUCCCCGAGGUGCGAGACCCCCUUCGCAGCCGCCUGAUAGCUGUGCGCCGGGGCGCAUACGAACAGUGGCAGCGCGACGUCGAGAACCACCUCUUCAAGGAUUUCACCCUCGAAGGUAUCUACAAAGGCGACAGCGACGGUGCCGGCGGUGUAGUCGAAAAGGAAGAGGGAGAGACCACCGCUGCCACCGAGACUAUGGGCGUUCUCGAUCUUCUUCCAGUGCGUGGGGGAGAUCUUCGCGACGAGGUCCUUUCCCAACCGGCUCUGUUGAUCAAAACUCUUGCACCCAAUGUGAGCCGGACCAAGAUUGAAGAGUUCUGCCGAGAGCACCUCGGCGAGGAUGACGGAGGCUUCAAGGGUCUAAGCCUUAGCGAUCCGAACCCAUCCAAGAAGUUCCACCGUAUGGGUUGGAUCAUGCUUCACCCAUCCACCGAGACCAGUGUUGUUGAGCGAGGAGAUGGACGCGAAGAAGAGCUUGACGAGUCGGAAAGAACUGGUGUGAACGGCGCCCCCACGGCUAGCACAGCCGAAAAGGCCCUGGAAGCCGUCAAUGACAAGACAAUCCAUGACUCUGUUCAUGGUGAUUUUGUCUGCCACGUCGGUGUUCACGUUCCCCCUACCCAACCUCGCAAGAAGGCUCUUUGGGAUCUGUUCUCUGCGCCAGAGCGCAUUGAUCGUGAUCUCGAGUUGGCCAAGCGAUUGGCCUCCAAGCUGGACUCUGAGAUGGGUGAAAACGUAGAUGGAAUCGUCACAAUUGAAGAGUACGUCGAUGACUUGCGUGGCAAAGGGGAGCUCCAACCCCCUGCCACAGGACCCGUUAGCGCCAAAAAGCCAAAGAAUGGAUACGGCGAUGAAGACGACGGUGAGAUGGAAGAAGGCGAGGAGCCAGAUACUAUGGACGACGAGGAGGUUGAUGACGAAGAGCUCGCCGUUAAAAAGAAGAAGCUCGAUUUGAUCGUUGAAUACCUGCGGCGGGUGUACAACUUCUGCUUCUUCUGCGUAUUUGAGAGUGACUCGGUCCACGAACUCGGUCGCAAGUGCCCUGGAGGGCACCUCCGCCGUCCCCGUACCGGCCUUUCUAGCCAGGCCAAAGAAGUCGCCCGCGCCAGCGCACUUGGCCAGCCUUUCCCCUCUAAGCAAAAGGAGCCCAGCGAGGAAGGAGAGGACCCUUCUUCACCUGUGCGGGAGAAGCGUGGCCAGCGCCAUGGCUCCAAGUCAGAGCAGCAAAUGCAGCGUGCUUUCAACUGGGUCAAGACCUUUGAAGACAAGCUGUUGCAGAUCUUAGAACCCGAAAACGUCGACCUCACCAAGAUCGGCGGUAAGCCGGUCGAUCAAGCAGUGGAAGAUGAGCUAUUGAAAUAUAUGAAGCAAGAGGACGAUUCCAAGUACCGCUGCAAGGCUCCCGACUGCACCAAGCUCUUCAAGGCCGAGGCAUUCUGGCGCAAGCACGUCGAGAAGCGCCACGGGGAGUGGUUCGAGCAGAUCAAGAAUGAUGUGAGUAUCCGAUUCUCCAACUUGUUACCCAGCGUUAACCCAUCACAGCUCCACCUCGUCAAUGCUUAUGUCCUUGACCCGGCACGCAUUGCUCCCUCCCGAUCGGAUGCCAAUAGCAAUGGUCACUUCCCACUCGGAUCUGGUCAAGGGCACAGCGGCACCCCUCGGGGCUUCAGCCUAUCAAGCAUGCCGUAUGGACCUAACGGCGCCAUGCCCCACUUCCCACCGGGCGGGAUGCCUAUGAUGGGUGGUCACCCUGGCUGGAACGGCAUAGGACAAGACGGCAUGCAUCAGCCUGGGCCCAUGCGCCGUGGUCAAAACCGCAACCACCGACCUGGCCCUUACGAUCGUCGUCGCUUCAACGGUAACGGCCGUUUGAGUCCUCCCCGUGGCAUGCCUGGCAUGUACGGCCGGGUGCCUCCUGUCAAUGUUCCUGCCGGUCAUCCUGCCGCCGGCAUGGUCGCAGCCAACCCAUUCCCCGACUCUGCGGGCUCCAAUGGUGCCCCGAUGCCUCCCCGCGAGGCCGUUCAGGGUCGCAGCUUGAAGAGCUACGAAGACCUCGAUGCCGUUGACGGCGCAGGUGGUGGCGAGCUGAACUACUAA